AUGAGUGGAGAAAGGAGGAAGGGAAGAGGAAAGAGCAAAGGGACUUGGACAACAACGAAGUGGUACACGGAGUUGAAAAAUGACAAAUAUUGUUUCGAUAGUCACUUCAAUUUUGUUGGUUUUAGUGAUGAUGAUGAGGAGGAUGAGGAUGAUGAGGAUGAUGAUGUUGGUGUUGGUGUUGGUGUUGGUGUUGGUAGUGUGUGGCUGCUAAAAAAUCAUCUAACAGCAUUAUCUUUUCUGCCAUAUUUAGUUGGUGGAAGUUUCGAUAAUGUUUUGGGAUAA